GAGUGGCGACCCUGAAGCGGAAGACAGGAGGGGCUGUUAUAUAACGUACACAUCGCAGGCUAGGCGACGCGAAGACGCACCGUCACCGUCAGUACUGUGAAACGCUAGGUCAGUGUUGUUCAGUUUAAGUUGUUCAAAGGACCAGACCCAGAGACCAUGGCUAGAGCUAGGUCCAAGUCGGAGGAGUCACAACCCCUCCUGUCAUCGGAUAUCAGCAGGACUAACAGUUAUGGAGGACCUCCUUUGAGGAAGAUUUCCCUCAACCCUCCGCAUGAAUUCGACUACUUCAUCAGAGCAAACACUGAAUCACUGGUAUCAGACCAGGAGGGCGCUCCUCCGAUUCUACCAGAUUCCAACAAGCAGAGUAGUCUUGUCACAAUAUUUGUACUAUGGAACACGAUGGUGGGGACCUCCCUGUUGACCAUGCCCUGGGGGCUAGAGAGAGCAGGGUUUGCCAUGGGAAUAUUGCUGGUGAUGGGGAUGGCAACAUUGUGCUGCUACACAGCACACUGCGUGGUGUCCACACAGGCUGCUUACGGGCCGCCAGGAGGAGAGAUAUCCGAGCUGACUCGCCAUCUGUUGGGUCGUAAGGCUGAAAUUCUUUCCAAGAUAUUCUCCUACAUUGUGUUGGCUGGAGCUCUCAUAGUCUACUGGAUCCUAAUGACUAACUUCCUCUACUUCAUCGUUGACUUCAUUUACACUGAAAUUAGUGGAGGUUUUGACCAAUCUACCAUCAACGGCACAGUGAGAUGCUUCCCUGAGGCCGUUGCUACUAACGUUACUAUAAGCAGCGAGCAAACAACAUUCCAGAAGUGGUGGAGCCUCAACUUAUCAGUACCAAUAUACCUUGCGUUGCUGGUCGGUCCACUGCUGAGCUUCAAAUCCGUCACGUUCUUCACAAAGUUCAACUCAUUAGGAACACUGUCCCUCAUGUAUCUCAUGGUGUUUGUGAUGGUGAAGGCCUUUAACUCCGGAUGGAACCUCAAUCUGUCAGACCCCUCAAGUCCGAACUACGCCAAACUUUUCAAGACCUCCUUCUUUGCCACAUCAGGGAUGCUGGCCAUGUCAUAUUUUUUGCAAAAUAUCGUCAUAACCAUAAUGAGAAGUAAUAGGAACCAGAAAAACAAUACCAGAGAUCUAGCGAUAGCGUACAGUCUUGGUAUGGGGACAUACCUCGUCAUUGGAAUAUUGUUUUACGCUUCAUUCCCUCUUCGUAAAUCAUGCAUUGCAGAUAACCUGCUAAACAACUUCGCCAGCUGGGACGUCGGCACUUUGGUCGCUCGUGUGUUCCUGUUCUUUCAGCUGGUCACUGUGUAUCCUCUAAUCAGCUUCAUGUUGCGCUACCAAGUCAUGACUGCAUUCUUCGCCAAGCCCUUCCCCAGCAGACUGCAUGUCAUAGCGUUCAACGCAGUCGUUGUCAUUGUUUGUGUUCUUUUUGCGGUGUUUCUACCAAAGAUCGGAACUAUCAUCAGAUUCACAGGAGCACUAAGUGGGUUCUUCCAUGUUUUUACGUUGCCGUGCCUGUUGCGGCUGGCUGGACAGAAGCAGGCUGGCAAACUAUCUUGUUUCUCCCUCUUCCUGAACCUCGCCAUCCCACUGGCGGGAGGCAUCAACCUUAUCGCUCAGUUCUUUGUAUCUGACAGCUGAAAAUUGUGCGUUUUCUUGCUUGUAUUAUAUUAAAAUUGUAUAUAAGUUACAUAUGUACGGUUGAGGUACAUUGACAAAAAAGCGAGUUAAAUUUUGUCACUAAAUAUGUGUCAGUUUAGAAUGUUGAAGCUAAUGUAACAUAAAAGUUAACUGUGACUACUUAUAUGUAAAGUGGAAUUUAAAAUAAAACUUUGUAUGAUUUAUUAGACAAAUAGAACUUUUUAGAGUAUGCCCGUUAAAAGGCAAGAAUUAGAAUAGCUGAAAAAUAUUUACUAAUUUGUAUUAAAGUAAUAUAAAGUUUUGAUAAUGUAAUCGUUAUUGAUGAAAUCAUGUGCAAAUAUUUUAACUGAACUUUUAUGAACAUAACCUAGAUAGUAAAACUUUGAGCAAAACCUCCCAUUGACAAGGAGGCAGCCUUACUUGUUAAAUGGUGGUGAAAUCAUGACAUAAAUGUGUUAUUUCAUUUUCAAGAGCAGUUAGCCUCCGGAUUACGUUUGAAUAUUUAUAAUGGUUUAAAUACCUGCAUUCAGUAAUCCAAAAUGUU